AUGGUGGCCGUAAAGUCGAGAAGCGGGGCCUGGUGUGGCGCAUUCCAACCAGUAAUUAUCACGACAGUAAAGCUCGGCGCUGGAGUUAUCGUCGUGGCUCACUACUUAGCGUGUCUAUUGCGAGGACUUCACUUGGCGGACAACUUCAACCUUUUGGCUGAAUCAAGUACCCUAUCAGCGCUUUACACAACAAACCUCCGGCAUGUUAUGGUGGGGAUGUUUGGGGGUGGCGAUGGGGGAGACCACUGCGUGAAGGACUCGUUCUGCAUCUUCCUCGUGCUUGUGGGUCUGCUGAUCAUGGCCCUCGUCGUUAGUAGAAUGGCUGCCGUGGUCAUGGAUUUGCAAUUCACCAGUGACAAAAAGUACACACAAAACUUGCGUCUUCUCACCUGCAGAAUGGACAAAUUGAAACUACCGUCAGAACUUCGGGGUCGAAUACAUCGAUACUAUGACCACGUUUGGAACGAGUACGACUCAAUGGAUGGAGACAUCAUGGAAUUCACGAGUCGGCUGCCUCGUCCUUUGGCAUUGGAGGUGCUACUUCAUCGGUACUUGGAUCUCGUUAGUGGACUCGAAUUCUGGGAGGAUUGCAGUCCGGAUUUUCUGUCGGCGUUAGUUCUCAGCAUGGAUAUCCGCGUUUUCGCCCCGGACAACUACAUUGUGCGCGAAGGGGACAUUGGGUCGGAGCUGUAUAUGAUCCACCGCGGUUUUGUUGAGUAG